GUGAAUGUCCUCUCGUGUCUGUCAGCAUUUGCUGUCAAUGGCUUUCAUGAUUUAUUUUAUUUGAAUGUCUGGGCUUUUUACACUUUCGUCCAAAGAAACCAAUAAUGGAUAUUCUAUGGAUUUUAUGGAUAAUGCCCACUGUAAUAGCUGUAGAAGAAACACUAAUGGACUCUACCACAGCGACAGCUGAGCUGGGCUGGACAGUCUAUCCCGUGUCAGGUUCCAGUGACAACAGCUGGGAGGAGGUGAGUGGAUACGACGAGAACAUGAACACCAUUCGCACCUACCAGGUGUGUAACGUGUUCGACAACAACCAGAACAACUGGGUCCGCACCAAGUACAUCCGGCGCCGGGGUGCACAGCGCAUCCACGUGGAGAUGAAGUUCUCCGUGCGAGACUGCAGCUCCAUCCCCAACGUGCCCGGCUCCUGUAAAGAGACUUUUAACCUGUACUACUAUGAGUCAGACUCGGACACGGCCAACAAGGUGUCCCCGGCCUGGAUGGAGAACCCCUGGAUCAAGGUGGAUACCAUCGCAGCCGACGAGAGCUUCUCCCAGGUGGACCUGGGUGGCCGGGUGAUGAAGAUCAACACAGAGGUGCGGAGCUUUGGCCCCGUGUCCAAACACGGCUUUUAUCUGGCCUUCCAGGACUACGGCGGCUGCAUGUCACUCAUCGCCGUGCGAGUCUUCUACCGGAAGUGUGCCCGCGUCAUCCAGAACGGGGCCGUGUUCCAGGAAACCUUGUCGGGGGCGGAGAGCACAUCUCUAGUGGCAUCGCGUGGCGUGUGUAUCCCCAACGGGGAGGAGGUGGACGURCCCAUCAAGCUCUACUGCAACGGGGAUGGCGAGUGGAUGGUCCCUAUCGGGCGUUGCAUGUGCAAGGCUGGCCACGAGGCUGUGGAGAACGGGACUGUGUGUAGAGCUUGUCCAUCGGCCUUCUUCAAGCCUAUACAGGGUGAUGCAUCCUGCAUGCAGUGUCCAAUCAACAGCCGUACCACCAAUGAAGGAGCCACUAACUGUGUGUGCCGCAACGGUUACUAUCGCACCGACUCAGAUCCCAUCCAGAUGCCCUGCACAACGGUGCCGUCUGCUCCUCAGAAUGUUCUGUCCAUCGUGAAUGAGACGUCUCUGAUGCUGGAGUGGCAGCAUCCUAGGGAGUCAGGUGGUCGUGAGGACGUGGUCUUCAACAUCAUCUGUAAGAGCUGUGGAGGGGGCCGGGGAGGCUGCACGCGCUGUGGCGACAACGUCCAGUUUGUACCCCGCCAGCUGGGUCUGACUGAGCCCCGGGUCUACAUCAGUGACCUGCUGGCCCACACACAGUACACCUUUGAGGUGCAGGCCGUCAACGGUGUCUCUGACCAGAGCCCCUACUCACCACAGUACUCCUCCGUCAACAUCACAACCAACCAGGCUGCUCCGUCGACAGUGUCCAUCAUGCACCAGGUCAGUCGUACCGUGGACAGCAUCACUCUGUCCUGGUCUCAACCAGACCAGCCCAAUGGAGUCAUUCUGGACUAUGAACUGCAGUACUACGAGAAGGACCAGACCGAGUACAACUCAACCAUCAUAAAGAGCCAGACCAACACAGUGGUCAUCCGCGGUCUCAAAUCAGGGGCAAUCUAUGUGUUCCUGGUUCGCGCCCGGACCGUGGCCGGAUUUGGGCGCUACAGUGGCAAGCUCUACUUCCAAACCAUGACUGAAGAGGAGUACAACACCAGCAUUCAGGAGAAGCUGCCUCUCAUCAUCGGCUCUGCAGCUGCAGGUCUGGUCUUCCUCAUCGCAGUGGUUGUCAUCGUCAUCGUCUGCAACCGGCGUGGCUUUGAGAGGGCAGACUCAGAGUACACAGACAAGCUGCAGCACUACACCAGCGGCCACAUGACUCCAGGAAUGAAGAUAUAUAUUGAUCCGUUUACAUAUGAGGACCCCAACGAGGCGGUGAGGGAGUUUGCUAAGGAGAUUGACACUUCCUGUGUGAAGAUUGAGCAAGUCAUUGGCGCAGGAGAGUUYGGGGAGGUGUGCAGUGGGAACCUGAGGCUCCCAGGCAAGAGGGAGAUGUUUGUGGCCAUCAAGACGCUGAAGUCGGGCUACACAGAGAAGCAGAGGCGGGACUUCCUGUCUGAGGCGUCCAUCAUGGGUCAGUUUGACCACCCCAACGUGAUCCACCUGGAGGGUGUGGUCACCAAGAGCGCCCCUGUCAUGAUCAUCACUGAGUUCAUGGAGAACGGAUCACUGGACUCCUUCCUCAGACAAAACGACGGUCAGUUCACAGUGAUCCAGUUGGUGGGCAUGCUGCGUGGCAUCGCCUCUGGCAUGAAGUACCUGGCCGACAUGAACUACGUCCACCGCGACCUGGCCGCACGCAACAUCCUGGUCAACAGCAACCUGGUCUGCAAGGUAUCCGACUUCGGCCUGUCCCGAUUCCUGGAGGACGACACGUCAGAUCCCACCUACACCAGUGCCCUGGGAGGGAAGAUCCCUAUCCGAUGGACAGCCCCUGAAGCCAUCCAGUACAGGAAGUUCACGUCCGCCAGUGAUGUCUGGAGCUACGGUAUCGUCAUGUGGGAAGUCAUGUCCUAUGGAGAGAGACCUUACUGGGACAUGACCAAUCAAGACAGCCUCAUAGCAACCCUUAGAGAUCUGUGUCUCCCCCUGCAGGUGAUCAAUGCCAUAGAGCAGGACUACCGGCUGCCCCCUCCCAUGGACUGCCCCUCGGCCCUGCACCAGCUCAUGCUUGACUGCUGGCAGAAGGACCGUAACAACCGGCCCAAGUUCAGCCAAAUUGUCAACAACCUGGACAAGAUGAUCCGCAACCCCAACAGUCUGAAGGCCAUGACCCCGCUGUCUUCAGGUGUCCAUCUUCCUCUCCUGGACCGCAGUGUUCCAGACUUCUCCAGCUUCAGUACUGUGGACGAGUGGCUGGAUGCCAUCAAGAUGGGCCAGUACAAAGACAACUUUGCCAAUGCUGACUUCGCCAGCUUUGAUGUGGUUUCCCAGAUGACCAUGGAUGACAUCCUGAGCGUGGGCGUGACGUUAGCAGGCCACCAGAAGAAGAUCCUGAACAGUGUGCAGAUGAUGCGUGCCUCCAUUAACCAGAUCCAGUCUGUGGAAGUUUGACCAUCCAGAAUGGAGCAGAAGAGAGGAGAGCAGAAGAGAGGAGAGCAGAAGAGAGGAGAGCAGAAGAGAGGAGAGCAGAAGAGAGGACAGCAGAAGAGAGAGGAGCAGAGAAGAGGGGAUUGGGAUGCAAGGCUCUGGGUUCACGGAUGGAGUGGAGGUGUUUUUGCUUGACUGUGAACCUUGUCUUCCUACCAAACAACCAUCCAUCCACGGUCCCCUUUUUCAAUCCCUCUCCUGUCCUCCUCUAUCCCCUCAUCCAAAGUCCCCAUAACCUUUCAGGAUCAGCUCUGGAGGUUUGUGGCCAGCAGGUCUACAUGACCAGACAUCAAUCAAUGUGGCCAACAAGGUUCCUUCUUGGAACCAGGAUCAUGAGAGGUUACUGACUGGCGACACAUUUCUACUUCCAUCUUCCACCUCGUUUUUUUUUUAYGGUGAACUUUUUUCUUACAUUUUUUGGUUUGUUUGAUUUAAGAAUUUUGUAAAGAAUUUUGUAAAGAAAAAAAAGUUGAGGAAACUCAAGGAGUCUAUAAGUAUAGAUGUAAACUAGGUGAACUGACUAGAAAGACUACCCUUUAAAAGGGCAACAGACAAGAAGACAAUGAAAAAUGGGAGAUUUCAAGACCAUCACUUUCAAAAAGAAACUUAAAUAUUAUAUGUUGUUUUUUUUUACUUGGGAAACAGGAAAGAAACAUAAAUCUUUGCUGCCUCCCCAAAAGCAAACAGCAGAAUAGACUGAGGAACUUGAUCUACACUCCUAURGUUGACUUGGGAGACAAAAUAGUGUGAGCACCAUGGAAUGGACAUCUUUUGGCAGAAACUUCUACCAUGAACAAAUUCAAGAAAUUCAGUUAUCUACCAAUUUAAAGCAACACUUAAAAAAUAAAAACAAAAUACCUUUUCUCAUAACAAGUAAUUUCAUUUUUCUGUGUGAAAAUGUUGAAGAUUUUCUCUCACCAUGCUUCCUCUCACCGUGGGAAAGUUUAUAUUUUUUCAAUGAAAACAUCACAACCUGCCAAAUGGAACAUCCUCCCUGUGUACCUCAGAUGAUGUCAUGGUCCUGUACAUAUCAGAUGCACUUGACAAUGGGACUGUGAUGUCAUCACUAUGAGCCAGACAUAGUUACUAAGACCUGGAAGUGRUGGAUUUAAAUUGUUUCUUUGGGUGACUAGAGGGAGGUUUUUCUUUGUUGUUAUUAUUCAUUUCAUUUUAAUUUUUUCAAGAUGUUAGUUGUGGAUUUUGAAGAAUCAGUGUAAUAAACAGCAAACAUACAGUA